AUGGAGGGAGAUGAAGGGCCCAGCCAGGGAGGAGCCAUGACCAGUCCUGAAUGGGGUAAUUGUGGAUCGAAGGAGCUCUGCGCGCUGCAGUCUGGUUUUCCGCCUAUUUCUCUCUCUAAAAACACACUCCCUCUUCAGCUCCUCCUCACUAUCCACUAUGCAGAACACUCCGUCAAACCCCUCGACGAGUGGCAACUCAAGCGCUCCUUCACCGACUUCCUCAAAUCCUCCUUCUCCCUCACCGUUCCCGAAGACAACAUCGUCGUUUGCAGAUUCAAGGACCUCAAGAAGUGCAAGCGCGAUGAUCCUGUCGCUCACGGCGCUCUCUUCAUCCGCGACCUAGGGUUUCUAUCCAAGUUUUCUAGAUCGGAAAUUCUUCAUGGUAUAGAUAGAGAAGACGAUGUUAAGGAACUUGAGAAGAAGUUUUUGGAUUGGAGAAGAUCGGUUGUUGGUAAGACCGACGGGAUUGAGUUGAAUCUUGAAGGUGUUAAGUUUAGAUUGACUGCUUCAGUUCCGGAAUCGGAUGAUUUUGGAAUGAGGAAAGAGAGGGAAGAGCUUUAUGCAUUUUUUAAUCGAGGUUUGUUCUUGAUUCUAUCCAUAGUUUUGAAUUUUUUAUGCUUACUGGUCUUGCUGUCUACAAUAAUGGAUUCAGUAAUCUAACUCAAUAUUUUUUCUUCUAAAUGCUUAAUAAUUUUGCGAGAACUAUUAGUAAUAAUGGAUGUAUGUAUGUGUUGUUUGGUUGUAGGAUAUUCAAGAGGUGGGAGGCAGCAGCAGCCUGAUACAAUUGUGUUGAAAGGUGUUCCAUCUCGCUGGUUUGCUGAGCCAUGAGUUUCGUCUAAGCCUUCAAUGCUGGUCACUCACACGAUUUUUUCUGCGUUCCGGAAGAUAAGGCGUGUGUUAAUGUCAUGGUUUCUGCUAUUUUUCUGUUUCCCUGAUGCA